AUGAGACUCCAGAGCCUAGUCCUCGCGCCCCUCGGCGUCGCUGCCGCGGCAACCAACGCAACCAUCAACACAAACACCAACUCGACAUCCGCAAAAGCGUGCCCGGCACGCCCCGCGACGGCCACGAUCUCCUCCGGAGUCAUCAACGGCGUAGCCACAUCCCUCCCCAACGCGCUCUCAGCCGUGAACAAGUUCCUCGGCAUCCCCUACGCCGCACCACCGGCCCGGUUCGCCCUUCCUCAACCGCCGGCGCCAUGGACGAACGCGCUCAACACCACGGCGUUCGGUCCCUCAUGCUACCAAAACUUCGUCGAUAACCCCGUCGCCACUCGCCCCGAAGUCACCGAGGCCCUCUACAACAACCCGCCGGCCCCCGAGAGCGAGGACUGCCUGACCAUCAACGUCUUCGCCCCGGCCAAGAAGCCCCGCGCCAAACGCGCCGUCAUCGUCUUCAUCCCCGGCGGCGCCUUCCAGAUCGGAAACGGCAGGGCGGACCUCUCCGCCUUCGCGGCCUACGAGGACAUCGUCGCCGUCGACUUCAACUACAGAAACAACAUCUUCGGCUUCCCCUCCUCCCCCCAGAUCCCCAUCACGGAACGCAACCUCGGCCUCUACGACCAGCGCCUCGCCCUCCAGUGGGUCCAGGAGAACAUCGCCUCCUUCGGCGGCGACCCGGACAAGGUCACCAUCUGGGGCCACUCCGCCGGCGCCACCUCGGUCGACUACCUCCUCCGCGCCUACGGCCGCGACGAUGCCCCUCCCGCCCCCUUCCGCGCCGCCGUCAUGCUCAGCGGCCAGAGCACCUACGGCCUCGCCGCCGCCAGCUACCCGACCAACGGCACCAUGUGGCAGGGCAUCGCCGCCGAGGUCGGCUGCUCCAACGCGACCGACGUGCUGGAGUGCGUGCGGCGCGUGCCCGCCGCGGACCUGAUCGACGCCCAGCGCUCCACGGGCAUCCUGACGGGGCCGGAGCGCGACAACGUCACCUUCCUCCCGGACCCCGUCGACAGCUGGGAGAGCGGGGACGUCGCCAAGGUGCCGCUCCUCAUGGGCACCGUCGCGCAAGAGGGCCGCGGGCUCGUCAACGACCGCAUCACGCUUGACCUGUUCUUCAGCACGUACCUGCCGGCCACGCUGGUCCCCGCCGCGGCGAGGGAGUUGAUCGUCGCGACGUACCGCGCCACCGGCUUGACUACGGACUUCGACAUCGCCGCCGCCAUCUACACGGACUACGUCUUCCAAUGCCCGGCCGCUCUCCUCGCGGAAACGGCCACCUCGAUCGACAUCCCGACGUGGCGCUACUACUUCAACACCUCCAUCCUGACCAUGGUGCCCCCCGAGCUGAGCUUCCUGGGCGUCUUCCACGGCUCGGACCUCUUCCUGCUCCUGACGAACCCGGCCACCACAAAGUACACCGUCGAGCAGUACGAGGUCUACGAGUACCUCCGGGGCGGCAUCGCGCGGUUCGUCAAGGACCCCGCGGGCGGCCCGGGCUGGGCGGCCGUCGGGUCCGGGCCCGAUGACGUCGUCGUCCUGGGCGACGUCGGUAGCACGCCGACCGCCGCGGCGCCGUUCAACGCCACGCUGCUCGAUGCGAAGUGUGCGCUGUAUGCUCCGCUGUAUCCUAUCCUGCAGGCUGUGCUUGGUUGA